GCAAACACAUUUAUUUGACAGCAAUAAUUAAUAUUAGGUCACAAAAAAAAACAUUUUAAUAAAUAUGAUACAUUAAUGUAGAACAAUUCUUAACAUAGCACCAAAUACGACAGCAUUUACCAACAAAAAAACAAAAAAACAAAAAGGAACUUUAAUGCGAAUGUUGUGCCUACUCGGACAUAGUUCAAAAACCGGAUAUUGGUGUAUCGUUGUUAGUAGUCCCCUGAGUUCCACCAUGAAGGAAGCAAACAUGGCUCUCCCUGUGAGUAUGGGGGUUUUGCUUCAGUCAGAUAUUAUCGAGGACGCUGCCUACCGGGACGAAGGUUUAUGUGUUGUCGGUAUUUUCGGCAAAAGCAUUAUGCAGUCGGCGCCGCUAAAGGAGUCGCUCAUCAACACGCUGGCGGACAAACACAUCUUCCCGCUGUUCGGGGAAUCGGAGGACGGCGACACAGCGGACAGCCACAUCCAGUCGUUCUACAACCAGGAGAAUCGAGUUCUUUACCUGGUCCUGUCCUCCGUCUGCGACAGCCGACAGCUGCUGCGGGCCUGUCAGUCCCUGAGCUCCAGCACCAGUCACUCCGACGCCCACGACUUCUGGAAAGGCCUCGACAGACAACACUGUCUGCACCUUCUCUACAUGUUCUCCGUGUGCCACGUUCUCCUGCUCGUCCACCCCAACCAGACCUUCGACGUGACUUACGACCGGCUUUUCCGAGCUCUGGACGCCUUGCGGCAGAAGCUCCUGCCGCUGAUCCGAGCUGCCAUCAAAGAGUGCUCGGUGUCCAAAGAGUGGAAGGUGAACUGUCGGCCGUGUCCUCCACGCCUGCUCUUCGUCUUCCAGAUGAACGACACUCUCAAGGUUUCUGGAAACACCUCAGACUCUGGAGCAAAUGCUGACAAACCCAAAAAGCACUCUCCCAGGAGACGGCUGCAGCAUGCCCUGGAGGACCAAAUUUACCGCAUCUUCCGUAAAAGUAGGGUCCUGACCAACCAAAGCAGCAACUGCUUAUUCACGGUGCCUGCCAACCAAGCAUUUGUCUACGUGAUACCCGCAGCAGACGAGGACCCUGUGGGGACCUUGCUUGCUCAGUUGCGAUCCAACUGCGUCCUGUGCGAUCAAGACUCCACCCCUGUAGUGUCAGGGCCAAGGCGUUAUCAGCAGAUAAGACGUUCAGCUCGGCGGUCAAGCUGCAGUAGGGACUCGAGCAGUUUCUCCAUGAGCGGUCAACUUGUGGACUGUAAUUUAAAAGAAUUUCUCUGGCAGCAUGUAGAGCUGGUGCUAACUAAGAAAGGCUUUGACGACAGCGUCGGACGCAACCCACAACCUUCACACUUUGAGCUGCCGACCUACUCGAAAUGGGUCCAGGUCGCCUCCCGACUUUACCAAGUUUUAAUUACUAACACAGAAGAAGAAAUAGCUGAGUUAGCCACUAAAGCGCAAAGCCAGCUGAAGGUUUUGGAAGGAUUUCUUGAGGCAGAUGCUAAGUUCUCUGAGAACAGGUGUCAGAAAGCCCUGCCACUGGCUCACAGUGCUUACCAGUCCAACCUUCCCCAUAACUACACCACCACGGUACACAAAAAUCAGCUGGCGCAGGGUCUGCGGGUGUACAGCCAGCAUGCUCGCGGUGUGGCUUUCCAGCGCUACGCACUGCAGCUUCAUGAGGACUGCUAUAAGUUCUGGAGCAACGGCCAUCAGCUGUGUGAGGAGCGAAGCCUGACAGACCAACACUGUGUUCACAAGUUCCACCUGCUGCCACAGCCCGGAGAGAAGUCUGACAUGGAUCACAACCCACCCAUCAUGAAUCACAACAGCAGGGGGCGCUCCACCAGCUCCUGCAACUGUGGCAGGAAACAGGCUCCCCGCGAGGAUCCCUUCGACAUCCAAGCUGCCAAUUAUGAUUUCUAUCAGAUCCUGGACGAGAAAUGCUGUGGGAAGCUGGAGAGGAUUGAGUUUCCUGUUUUCCAGGCCAGCACUCCAGACCCAGCCCCAGCCCCAGCUUCUAACCAACCUCAGCGACAGCAAUGUGAGACCUCGGGUUCUGGUGAGCCAGAGAGGCUGAAGGAACCAAGUACUGCACAGAGCCACACUCCUGGAGACACCAGCCUCAGUCUGGCUCUUAGUCUGGGCCAGUCCACAGACAGUUUGGGGCCCUAUGGCGAUGGAGACGGCACAGAAGCCCAAGUCCAGCAAAAGAGGCCAAGCCUUGUAGAUCGCCAGCCCUCCACAGUGGAAUACCUCCCUGGUAUGAUGCACUCUGGCUGCCCUAAAGGCCUGUUACCCAAAUUCUCCAGUUGGUCACUGGUCAAACUGGGCCCAGCAAAGUCAUACAACUGUCACACGGGCUUGGAACAGCCAGGCUUUCUCCCCGGCUCCUCCUUCCUUUUGCCGUGGGAGUUGGUAAUUCGUUCUCGAUCAGAGGACGAUACAGGACUGACAGAGCCUUUGAACGGUAGCAACUCCUCGUGGCCAGUCCCUAACAAGACACUGGUGGGAAAGAGAGGGAGCACUGGAGGAUUGGGUAGAAGUCGCCGGAGGGAUGACAUGGCUCGGGUUUUUGUGGGGUUUGAGUAUGAAGACAGCAGGGGAAGACGUUUCAUUAGCUCUGGGCCUGAUAAAAUAGUAAAGGUGAUGGGACCAGGAGGCGCCAAAGAUCCUGCCACCAGGGUGCUCAACACAGACAUGCCCCUUUAUAUCGCUUCCCCGUCCCAGGGCCGUGGCCUGAAGCCUCACUUUGCCCAGCUAGCUCGCCUUUUCAUUGUGGUGCCUGAUGGCCCUCUGGAAGUUACCCUCAACCCACAGGUGCAGCCUGGUCCUCCUCCAUGUCCAGUUUUUCAUCCAGAGCAGACAGACAUCGUGUUGCCCCCUGAUGGUCUUUGGGUCCUGAGGUUCCCUUAUUCAUACUCAACGGAUCGCGGACCCUGUUACCCCCCUAAAGAAAACCAACCACUUAACAAUUACAAGGUGCUACGAGGCAUCCUGAAAGCCACCACUGCAAACACUGCACCACAGUGAACAUCAGACUUCUCCUAAACUUUUUCAGGUUCGGAACUUGAACUAAUUUAUACACGCAGUUCGGGGAAAAUGACCCGAUCAACAUGAAAUGAGCUGUGCACAUGUUAUUCACUGGCCUGAAAGAUACUUCUAUUACCAUGCUCCUUGUAUACCUAGGUAAACAUUGUCUAAAACACUGGGUACUGGAGAGUUGUUUUUGUAAAUAAAAGCAAUUACUGGUC